AUGUGGGAUUUUAACACUUGUAAAAUGUUCACAUUUUGUAUCUCCACCAGCUCUGGCCACUCACUUGGGAACAAGCCCCUCAUUGGUGUGGACAGAGAUCAAGGGGGAGAAGCCAUUGUGGCAUUACCUAACCACCACGUCGAGUCGUUUACAGUGGAUUAUGCCGAGGACACCAUUAUUGUGGCAGACAGGACGAUGAAACAAAUAAAGCAGCUCCAACUUGAGAGGGAAGGCACGAGACAGUGUGUGCUGUUUUCUGGUACAUCUAGUGAAGUACUUGGAAUUGCCGUGGACUGGAUCGCGAAGGCAGUUUACUGGACAGACGCUUCCUAUGACGUCAUCCUCGUACAGAACUACGGAUCGUGUCCCCCUAGCGGACAACCAGGGGUCCUGUUUGACAGUGGGAUAGAUGAGCCCACAGGGAUUGUUACCCAUCCUCGUAAAGGGUUUUUAUUUUGGGCGGAAGGUGGUCGAUCUCCGAGAAUUAGUCGCUCCACUCUCUCUGGGAAAGGCGCCAUACAAAUCGUGGAGAGAAACCUGCGGCGACCCAGUCAUCUUACAAUCGACCUGAAUCAUGACAGGCUUUAUUGGAUAGACAGUGGAAGUGGCUGGCUGUCCUCGUGCGAUCUCCAUGGUUACCACAGGAAGCGACUGCUUCGGAUAGAGAGGGCUGUCUUCGGCGGCCUCGCUGUGUACCAGCAUCAUGCAUACGUCACUGAUCAACGACGGCAGGCUAUCUACGUCACCGAUUUACGCUCGGGAACCGUCAGGAAGAGGCUGGCGUUGUCUAACAAACCCUGUAACCUUAUCACGCUAAAUGGUGACAAACAAGAAUCGCUAAGAGAAAUCUGUGGUAACCACACAUGUCGCGGACCUUGUGUGAACGCAGGCAAUGGCAAAUCGGAGUGUGUUUGUGGACAGACUGCAAAGAGAUCUGGCAACUUCUGGGACAAUUCUAAGUGCGAUGACUUAAACAUGUCGACAUUUGAACCUUCUGUGAUGUAUACCAAACGAUUCGGCAUUUACGCUAUACCUGAAAAUUUUGCAGAUCUGGAUAGACCUGCUACGCCUACACACAUCAUUUACGCUAAAAAUUAUCUCCCUUAUGUAAUAGCCUCUAACGUCAACACCGGGAAACUUUUUUGUUCAGAGAGGAAAUAUAAUGCCAUUUUGAGGGUGGGACUGCAUCAGGAAUCCAAAGUCAGACAGAUUUUAUUGACUCUAGGACGUGUUGAAUCGCUGGCUGUUGAUUGGGUAGCGGAGAACCUGUACUGGACGGACAGCAGUAAGGAAGCCAUAAUGGUGUCCACACAAGACGGACGGUAUACCCAGUACUUUAUUCACAAGGAAGCCGUGACUCCAAAGUACCUGGCUAUUCACCCCGGCAGGAGGAAGUUAUUUUGGAUCAAUUCUAUGCCAGUCAUGGAGAGCUGUUAUCUGGACGGGUCAUUUCGUGAUGUCAUCGUGUCUGACGGCAUGAUGCGGCCAACUGGACUGGUACUAGACAUUCGCCAGGAAAGGUUGUACUGGUCAGACGAGGCUUUUGGUCGGAUAGUGUCCUCAAAUCUGGACGGCUCUGAUCGCAGGGUCAUCUACAGUAGGGUGGAUUCAAUCAUCAAAUCCAUAGCCGUCGUCAAGGACUAUUUGGUGUAUUCUGACUGGCAUUAUACCAGCCGUGGUCUACAUGCUGUGAAUACGAAAACUGGACACUAUGUGGGACAUUUUGCUGAAGACGGAUUGGUAUAUGGUGUUCAUUUUCACCAUGUCUCUAUUCAACCGUUGUUCCAAAAUGCCUGUAGUCAUGACAACGGCGGCUGUCACCAUCUCUGCCUACCAAACUUUUCAAAUUUUUCCUGCGCCUGCGCAUUUGGAUACCGCCUGUCGGAAGAUAACAGGACCUGUGAGACAGACUUGGCCGAGGACAAAUUCCUGCUAAUCGCUGAUCAGAGGCUGGGGUCUAUCUACCAGCUGGAUUUGUGGCGCUUCCAAUUCCACGCCUUACCCUUACAGAGCGUGAUACAGCCUUAUAGCGUCUGCUUCAAUCCUGAAGAUCAAAAGGUGUAUUGGAGUGACGUCACCAGAGGGACGAUAAACCGAGCCUUUAUGAACGGCAGCGAGCAAGAGAUCAUUCUGGCCAGAGAAGAACUCAGUGUAGUAAAGCUUGUGGUGGAAGCCAACGCUGGAUUGCUAUACUAUCUGGACGUGUCCCAGUCUCUGCUGGGGGUCAUCGCCGUCAAGGGAUUACAUCACAAGACUCUGAUCAUCAACAUCACGGAGCCAAGAGAUUUCACCGUGGACCCUGAACACGGGCUUAUCUUCGUGGUCUCAAAUGGCAGUAUUUUACAAUACGGUAUGGAUGGUUCAGAUGUGUUAAUUCAUACGGAAUCAUCCCAACCAACUGGUCUCUCACUGGAUAUGUCAACCAAUCAGCUGUAUUGGUUUGAUUCGAUGCGAGGUCACAUCUUAACUUCCGGCACUGAUGUAUGGGCUCAAACGGAGCUUGUUGCGCAGAUUGAUGCGCACAUCCGGGCACUGGACGUUGACCCAAACUACAUAUACUGGGUGGACUCCGAGCGUACGUCAGUUUUCAGGGCGAGGAAGAGUGAUGGGGAGAGUAGGAUUUUACUGGGUGAAGAAAGCCCGUUCUUCCUACCUGUCAGUAUCUUCGUACAGCGGGGCAGGAUGCUAACCAACAGCCCCUGUAACAGCGACCAAGUGUGUAGUCAUCUGUGUCUACCUCGAAGAGAUAGUUACGUCUGUGCAUGCCCAGACGGCACGAUGAUGAAGAAAGACGGCUCAGGGUGUUACUUGGAGGCUGAAGAAAGAAUUGAACCUCAGUCGGAGUUUUGCGUUGUGCCGAAAAUCGAGUUUGGCUUCAGCCACCAACAGACGGCAGGUCACGUGGUAGAUGAGGGUUUCGUCAUCGAAAUUGCCUGUAUCGACGGCACCGUCAUUAAUUCCGGGCAUCAUGUGACCUGCAAGAAUGGAGCGUGGUCUCACACUCCCGUCUGCCAACCAGCGCGAAGGAAUCCCAUUUAUGGCACCGAGGCUCGGGGUCAGAGGGUAUUCACUCACUCAGGGGUGUUCGUGGUCCCCCACGGGGUCGAUCAGGUCGACGUGGUGUGUAUCGGAGGUGGCGGAGGGGGUCGGGACGGCAGAAGCUUCAGAGACGCAGGGGACGGGGGCAGAUCUAGCUUCGGUGAUAUGCUGGUGGCGGAAGGAGGCAUGGGCGGUAAAGCGGUCAAUAACUCAGGAGGCCUGGGCGGCAAGGGGACGGUGGCUAGCGGGGGUAAGGGUCGGUUACACGAGCAGUGCGGAGGGCCUGGGGGUGCUGCCGGGGAGACCACUACGGACAGUCGGGAUUUUUUUCCAGGUCUUUCCUCGUUCCUGUACUGCGGGGGUGGAGGUACCAGUGACCCCAGAUGCCUUAAGGACUACCCGGAAGCCAAAGAGAUCCCUGAGUCGAGGUCCGGCCCGGGUGGAGAAAACCCCUCAGGAGCCUCGGGUGGUCAGUACGGCGGGGGUAGCGGGGGGUCAGCCGGGGGUCGAGGCGGCGGCGGAGGAGGCUACUCGUUCGCCACUAUCCAGCUAAACUCCCGGAGAGAAGUGGCCAUCACAGUGGGUCAGCCCGGAUCUCCAGCCUUCGCCCAGCCCGGAAAAGGCGUCGUAGUGGUGGCCUGGGGCGGGAAAGUAGAUCCGGAUCUCCGGGACUUCACCACACCAAAAGACUUACCGGAUGGACCCCUUGGGGUACAUUAG